GUGUCAUUCUGCCCGCGCUGCAAGGGUGCAAGCUGGUUGGGGUUUCAAUGUUGAGGAUUACUCUGGAAGGGUUGACAAGAUUGACAACGGUAAGUUGUCCUUUGGGGUCUCGCGGCACAAGGCGGUCGUGUUUUUAGCGGUGCUAUCUCCCGUUCCUCGCACUCCUGUGAACAAGCCCCCGGGCGAGAGCAGCUACAGCAACCGACACCAGAACAAGCAAGGGGAGAGCGCCUGGUGCCAUGACCAAGGCAAGAGAUCAAAGCGGCCAGGAAGGAUGCUGUGGAUCCUUAGCAAACUACCUGAACUCGGCAAAGUUCCUUCUCUACCUUGGCCACGCUCUCUCCUCUUGGGGGGAUCGGAUGUGGCAUUUUGCCGUGUCUGUGUUUCUGGUGGAGCUCUAUGGGAACAGCCUCCUUCUGACAGCUGUCUAUGGGCUGGUGGUGGCAGGCUCCGUUCUGGUCAUGGGCGCCAUCAUUGGUGACUGGGUCGACAAGAAUGCCAGACUGAAAGUGGCCCAGACUUCACUGGUGGUGCAGAACGUCUCCGUCAUUCUCUGCGGGAUCAUCCUCAUGAUGGUUUUCUUACACAAAAAUGAGCUUCUGACGAUGUAUCACGGAUGGGUCCUCACUGCCUGCUACAUCAUGAUCAUCACUAUUGCAAACAUUGCAAAUCUGGCCAGUACUGCUACCGCGAUCACAAUCCAAAGGGACUGGAUUGUUGUGGUGGCGGGAGAAAACAGAAGCAGAUUGGCAGAUAUGAAUGCCACCAUCAGAAGGAUCGACCAGCUAACCAACAUCCUGGCCCCCAUGGCCGUCGGCCAGAUCAUGACGUUCGGUUCCCCGGUCAUUGGCUGUGGUUUCAUUUCGGGCUGGAAUCUGGUGUCCAUGUGUGUGGAGUAUUUCUUGCUCUGGAAGGUGUAUCAGAAGACCCCUGCUCUGGCUGUGAAAGCUGCUCUCAAAGUAGAGGAGGCAGAAAUGAAGCAACUGAACUCACCCAAAGAUACUGAGCCAAAAUCUCUGGAGCAAUCUCAUCUAAUGGGCGGGAAAGACUCCAACAUCCGCGAACUUGAACCCGAGCCAGAGCCCACAUGUGCCUCCCAGAUGGCCGAGCCCUUCCGCACCUUUCGAGAUGGUUGGGUCUCCUACUACAACCAGCCGGUGUUCCUGGCUGGCAUGGGCCUGGCUUUCCUCUAUAUGACAGUCCUGGGCUUUGACUGCAUCACUACAGGGUACGCCUACACUCAGGGGCUGAGCGGCUCCGUCCUCAGUAUUUUGAUGGGAACCUCAGCGAUAACUGGAAUCAUGGGAACCGUGGCUUUCACUUGGCUGCGCCGGAAAUGCGGCCUUGUUCGGACUGGUCUGUUCUCAGGACUGGCGCAGCUUUCCUGUUUGAUCUUGUGUGUGAUCUCCGUAUUCAUGCCUGGAAGCCCCUUGGACCUAUCUGUUUCUCCAUUCGAAGAUAUCCGUUCUAGGUUUAUGCAGGCGGAGCCAGUGCCUCCAACUACCAAAAUACCCGAGGCCGGCUUUACGACUGAAGCACCUAUGUCCAACGUGUCUAAUAUUGUUAAUGCUGUCCGUGAGAUUAGUACUAAAUCCGAGCCCAUGAUCUCCGUCAUCCUGCUCUUUGCAGGCGUCAUUGCUGCUAGAAUUGGUCUUUGGUCCUUUGAUCUGACCGUGACACAGUUACUGCAAGAAAAUGUCAUUGAAUCGGAAAGAGGCAUUAUCAACGGCGUGCAGAACUCCAUGAAUUACCUUCUCGACCUCCUGCAUUUCAUCAUGGUCAUCCUGGCCCCCAAUCCCGAAGCCUUUGGCUUGCUCGUAUUGAUAUCGGUCUCCUUCGUGGCCAUGGGCCACCUCAUGUAUUUCCGGUUUGCCCAGAAGACUCUGGGCCACCAGCUCUUUGUGUGUGGUCCCGACGAAAAGGAAGUGACCGAUGAAAAUCAGCCCAACAGCUCUGUCGUGUAAAGCCGUUGAGCUGUGGCCCCUGUUACUAGAUUAGGGAGAGCGUGGUGUUCUUAUUCUGUACCGCACAAUUCCAAUAAAUGCCUGCGUAUUUCUCUGACUCUUACCACCGCUGUGCCUUGAGGGCUAAGAGCACUAACUAACCUAAGUCAGCCAAGGUGGACUGGUUAUUUCCCUUACAUUUAGACAUGGGGGGGAAAAAAGGAAGAGGGAGAGAAAAGAUUGGUGUAGUACCUAUGGAGAGAGUCUAAUGGUGAAACGAAGUUCCUUUGAUCUCAGGAGUAUAUGAAAUUUUACAAAGAGUGGCUAUGGGUGAGUUAAGUUACUCCUUAGCAAGUAUUUAUAUUAUAUCUGCUAGAAUUCAGAUAAAUCAAUUCUCCCCAAGACUCACUCUUGGAAACGUCUGGCCCUCUUCCUUUUUUUUUUCCUUUUAGAUCAAUCAUAUCAUUCUCAGGUAUGUUAUAAAAUCAGGUUUUUCUCCAUAUAUGAAGAUUGUAGUCUAAUAACCAGUAUUACCCUUCUAAAGCCCGUUGAACGUAAGGAAUUUGUUGUAUGUGGAGAAUGAAAUACGUAACCAGCAUGGUUCAAAAAAAAAAAAAAAGAAAAAGGAUUAUGGCUUAACCUUUGCAUUUCGACUAUCAGGUCGGGCAAAUAUUCCAGUAACACGCCUGUGGCUCUUCCCAAAGCGACUCUCAAAAGCUGUAGGUGCACGCCACUAAAGCUAUAGACCCCUAGGGCAGGGCGGAAGGUCGUAAAGUAGGUUAUUGGUGUGUCUAUAGCCGCUGACAGUUAAGCACAACACCUAAAGGCUGAGGCCCCCAUGGAACCAGAGUCACCAUAGUCAGUGGUCACUGUCUUAGUACGGGAGCUAGAUGCCCUCCAGCCCCGGAAGCAGCCUGGAGAGGAGCGGCCACUCUUGGAAAGAAAGACCUGGGAGUCAUUGGCUGAUUUUCCCCUCCCCCCUAACAUUUUACUUUCAUAGAUUUGGGCUUAGGCGUUGGUUGCCUCUGCAUUAUAUCUAGAGCCAAGCCAGCCACAAAGGUUCCCCUGUCAGUCCCUCCGAGCAGAGGAAAAGGAAAAACUGUCUGUAUAUAUUUUUAAAACUGUUUUGCAAGUUAUUGUGUGACCUGCCAGUGCCGACCUGGGACACUGCCUUACUUUCUAUGCACUUUCAUGGAGACUGCAAUACGUUGCUUCGAGCACUUUGUUUGUCCUUGAGUUUAAUCUUCUCCUCCUCUUUCUACAGUAUGACAUGAUUUAGUAUGUUGUAAAAUCUUCAUAAAAUGUUUCUAUAUAAAAUGUUUUGAAAAUCUUAA